ACCGAACUCCCAGUGUUCAGGGAACAAAGACUGCUUGGCCACUGGGAGCUGAAUAAUUUAAGGAUUUUCUUAUUGAUGUCGAAAUAACCAAGAGAAAUUCGUAGUGAGAUCUUUUCGCAAAGUCCAAAAUCUACAGAAAUGAAAAUUGGUGGUUAAUAUAAAGCUAAACGGUGAGCACAAAGAAUAAUACCUGUGCCCGACACGUACUCUAAUCUUAUGGGUAAUUGUUAAAGAAAAAUAUUUAAUUUUUGUUAUGCCGGGUUCCACCACCAGGGUGCAUUAUGUAGUUUGCACACUGGCAACACUGCCACGUGUUCCUCAUUCUUGUUCCUGCUUUCACGUUGUAUAGUCUGUAAAAUAAAACCUCUCUUUGUCUUCAAGUUUGGAGUGUCCUUUAUCAGGUUAUGGGCCCAGGCCACGUCAGGAUAAGUCAAUUUUUAAUCGAAGACUUAAACAUCUGAACUUCAUUGAUCAAGUCGUCUUACUGAAAAUGGAAUCUGUAAGUAAUACCUUUACUAUUGCUAAACUGAAGGGUGCUGAAAACUGGAACUUGUAAAAGUUUAGAGUAGAAGUUCAUAUGCGGUCCAAAGGAUGGAUAGACGUGUUGCGUGAAACACCGACAGACAAAGAAAGAUUGAGACUAGACGAAAAAGUGCAAGAUGUUAUCGUAUCUCUUGUAGAAGACAGAGUUUUGUCCCAUCUAAUAAGUUGUAAAACAGCAUCUGAAAUGUGGAAGAAAUUGACUAGUCUAUUUGAACCCAAAUCAUCUAUCGGAAAGUAUCUUUUACAAAAGGAAUUCUUUGACUACGAAUUUCAAGCCAAAGGACUAGGAAUGCAUAUCUCUGAUUUAGAGAACAUUGUAGCAAAAUUGAAGGCGCAAGAUGAUGAGAUCUCUGAAACCAUGCUUAUGACUAAAAUAAUUUCUUCCCUGCCACCUGAAUAUGCACACUUUGUAACUGCCUGGGAAUCUGUCGUUGAAAAAGAACAUGCUUUGCACAAUCUAACAUCCAGACUGCUUCUUGAAGAGAGUAGACUUACAGAGAAUAACUCCAACAAAGAAAAACUGGACAAUGUUGCACUUCCAUCUCAUAGAACUUACAAUCCCAAAGCCAGGUCAAGCAAUAAGAGAUUUCCAUGCCACUUUUGUGAUAAAAUUGGUCAUUUCAUAGCUCAGUGUCCAGCUAGGCUACAAAAAGAAAAGGAAAAGAGGAAGGAAAGCAGCAUUCAUCGGUUUGAAUAUGGCGGAGGUAGCACCAAGUGA